CUGACCUUUGUCUGAAGUCGUUCGGAAACAACGACAACAACAACGACAACAACAACAAAACACUUCGGUGUGUUGUUUUGGCUCGUUGAGAGAUUGGAGAAAGUUUCGUUUCAUAUAUUGUGACAUUUAUUGAUCUGUGGGCGACAUUCGAAGGAUCUUUUCAUCUCGUCACCGUUGAAAAGUCCUCUUGAAUAUUGCAACGAAAAAGAAAUGCACCUAACUAACAUUUCGAUUCUUUUCGGACAAAGCAUCGUCGCUUCAAUUCCGUCCAUGUAGUCGGAAACGCAACUCGAAUGUGCCGCCUGUGCGAAAGUGGUUGUCAAUGCGCACCGCAGGUGGAGAGUCGGUGGUUCGAUUCCCAAGGAUAUACCGGGCGAUCUUCUUGUGCUCGUGUGUGCGCGCGAUGCAAUUUAUUCAGAUUGGGGGCGGAGGGGUGUGCUUCAAUUUGAACAAGGACAAGCAGUCUCGUCUGCAGACCAGCGUUUGCGACGGCGGCCCGCAACUGAAGGGUCCAAGUCCAAUUCCACGCGUGCACAUGCGCCAUGUGAUUUCAAGUGCACGAGGCGACCGAAGAGUUCAGGUUCGACUCCCCGCACAUCCGGGCGGUCUGUCUGGGAGGAAUUGGCUCGGUGUUGAGCCAAGUGGUUGCAACUGCGUCCCGCGACUAAAGGUUUGCACGUUCGAUCCCUCGCGAGGCGGCAAGUCGUGGCUGGGAAGCGCAAAGUUUGAAAUGUCGCCAAAGCCGGCGGCGCGUGCGGAGGGGCGCAGGUGCGCGAGUGACGCGAUGCGCCCGCCGCGUCCUCCCGGCCGGGCGCGUCCCUCCGUCUCCUCCUCGUCGUGGGUGUCUGCGCGUUUCCUGUGCUUUGUUUCAAGGCCGAGGCUUGCGUCACGCAUUCCUCUCGGCAUAUGAAGCCCUCAUCCUGUUUAGAGACCGAACAGCGACCGGCGAGGGGGGGUAAACCGCAGCCUCUUUGUCUGACUUCAUAGUCCUUUGUGUGCGCUGCUGGACCUUUAAGGAAAAUUAUUUAGGAUUAUUUGGACACAAGUUUGUCUCAGGGGCUAACACCCCCCCCGCACACGCCCCCAUUACCCCUCCCGUCUCUGCGCCUCUUUCCCUGAAUCAACAUGCUGAUGUUAUCUGCUGGAACAAAAUGCGUAAGAGUGCACGCGCACGCGCGCGCGCGCGCGCGCUGCUCAAAGGGCACGUCUUGCGGAACAUAAGAGCUAAACAUUAAACUGGCGGCUGCCGAACGUUUGGUGAAGAAUCGGACGAAGCGAGCGCGCGCGGCCCGUAAAACCAAACGCACACAAGCUGUUACACAACCCCUGCGUCUCAAACCACCGGAUCUGUCUCUUCCCGCCUCCCACGCGCACGCACGCACGCGCGCGCACGCGCACAGCGCCUGCCCUUGUUUGAGGUUGAUUGUCAGUUUUGUCAUAUUUGCUUCCUGGUUUGUCCCAGUUUGACAUAGUUUAGGUCAGAGUGGCUGUUUUCUGUUUUUCUUCCAUUCCCCCUCUCCUAUUAUUUAGGUAGGGAGGUGAAGUGUUUUUGUUGGGGGGGGGGGGAGUGAGACAGGAAACCACAGCCCCCCAGCAGCCCCCCCGUCCGUCCGCCCCCCUUCUUCCCUUUCUUUCUCUGGCUUCCCUCUCUUCAACCCAUCACGCCGUGUGGAAAUAAUAACAGUGCGAGAGCUUCCGCCGCUCUCUGGAAAGCUUCACCUCUCUGCCGAGCGCACGACUUGAAGAGCACGCAAGUGUCAGCUGCGGCGCGUCUUCAAGUGCGUGCGCGUGCGCGUGCGGGCGAUGCCGGAUCGGGCUCGAUCCUUCCCGGGCGAUGCCCGUCUUGCGUCGGACUCUGCGGAAACUCCCGAGUGGACGCGCGAGUGACGGUCUCCGCCGGCGAGGGUUCGCUCAGCGAGACGUUCAUCAUCACGAUGGAGACGAAGCUCACCGGCGGACGUUGAGCUCGUCUGUCGGAGAUGAAGCGUGAAGUGGCCGUUGUUAGCUGAAAACGGAUCAAAUGUUGUUGGUUUACGUGGCGGUGGCAUUUCGGAACGUGAAAACGCAUCCGUGACUUUUAAAAAAGCUUUUUUAAAGUGAAUCUUUUUUGUGCUAAAAACAUCCACCCGAUAAGUGUUGCGCUUGGCCACGCGGAAGCACGUCACCAUCGGCACAAUAAUGGCGGAACACGCCGCCGUCGUAGCCGCCGGAAAAGCGCGCGUUUACUUCACAGCUCCCGCAUCCAGCAGACUUUGGUUCCAACUACGACACAGCGCGGUAACGGCUGGGCUCCGUUUGGUAUUUCCGAAUUGUACCGCGGCAAACUGACAACGCUCGGAGUGAGACGCUAACACGCGACGACGGCGGGGGGGAGAACGGUCGGCCAUAUUCACUCGCGGCAGUCGGAGUUCGGCCUUUGCAGCCAUGCUGAUGUAUGAUUACCCUCUGAAGACAGACAUGGAAACGUCCUUCUAUUCAUCGCUGGUGAAAGGCCCGGAGUCGUACGGAGUCAUCUUCUCCCAUCCGGCCCACCUCUACUGCCGCGGCCACGCACAGGCCCUCGCCCAGUCGCACGCGGGCUCCGGCGACCUGUCGCACAGCCAGCUGGAGCCUGUCGACCUGUCCCUAAGCAAGCGCUCCUCGUCCUCCUCCUCGUCCCCUCACUGCUCGUCCGCCUCCUCCCCGGCGUCGUCGCGCGGCACCCCGCCGUCGCCUUACGGCGGCCACGCCUCCCCGCGCCGCUCCCCCCAGCUGGCCCGGCGGCACCCCUCGCCGUCCGGCGCUCUCCCGCCGCCCGCCGCCUCGUUGGCGUACCCCGCCGUGGUGGCUCCUCUGAUGGGCGCGGGGUCGGGGGUCAUUCAGAGCUCGGGGGUCAUGGUGUCUCCGGUCAUGGUGCCUCUGUCGGUCCUGUACCCCUCCCCUCUCCACCUGCGCCAGCCCAUCAUGGUGAGCCCGCCUGUUACUGCGGACGACGACCAUCAUCGUCACCAUCAUCAUCAUCAUCAUCAUCAUCAUCGAAGCAGAGAGCACAAGACAGUUCAAUCUCCAAAAUCAUCAGACGGGCGAGGCGACGCCUUCGACGUGCACGAGCGAAUCAAAAGCGAGCCUCGUCCCGAACUCGUUCACGAGCGCCACGGCGGCCACGACAUGAAGUCGCCGGUCAUCAGGAUACCGCACGAAUACGAGGGCAACAACCCGUCCGUGAUCGUCCACUCGGCCGCUCAACAUCCCCUCGCCGCCGACUCUCCGGACUCGCUGAAGAAGAGAAGAAUCCACCGCUGCGAUUUCUCCGGCUGCAACAAAGUCUACACGAAGAGUUCGCACCUCAAAGCGCACCGCAGGACGCACACCGGUGAGAAGCCGUACAAGUGCAUGUGGGAAGGCUGCACGUGGAAGUUCGCCCGCUCGGACGAGCUCACGCGACACUUCCGCAAGCACACGGGCGUCAAACCCUUCCAGUGCCCCGACUGCGAGCGCAGCUUUUCUCGCUCCGACCACCUGGCCUUGCACAAGAAGCGCCACCUGCUGGUGUGAAUCCUCAGCACAGGACGAGUCCUGCCGCACGCAGGGUUCGACAUUGGACCGUUGACGCCUUCACCUCUUACUGCUACUCGUGCGAACCUCCUAAUGGUUGAGCGUAUUUCGUCUUCAGCGCAAUUGGGGAAUUUCUCUUUUCAAAGGGCUUGCGACGUCUCAGCUGGUUUGAGAGUGCUGCCCCCUUGUGGCCUAACAAAGAACCGCAUAUGGAUGGAAAACUGUUUGAGCUGUUACAGCAGGCGUGUCAAACUCAUUUUUUUUUGUCUCGGGCCGCAUUGUAGCUAUGAUUUCCCUCAGAGGGCCGUUAGAACAGUGAAAUGUUUCAUCACCAAAUCACAUUCUUACCAUGACACAACAAAUUGAGGGAUAAAUACUUUUGAAAUCAGAAGACCAAGGACAAUAGUUUGUUCAAGUAUUGUUUAAGUUACUGUAGAAGAAGGGUUUGGUAACAGAAAAGUGCAAUUUCUCAACAUUAUUCUUUAUGAUUAUGACAAUUUGGGAUUUGGGUCCAGAUUUGAGCAAAAAUCACGGACGUUGACGAGCAUGAUUUGCUUUCGCGGGCCACAUAAAAUGAUGUGGCGGGCCGCAUCUGGCCCCCGGGCCUUGAGUUUGACACCUAUGCUUUACAGGAUUCCAGAAUCCUUGAUAUCCAGCUUUAGGUCCAUUUACUAGCACUGGCGCACUAGUAGAAAGACUAGGGUGCACAAGUAGCACGACUGUGUCUUACUUGUAAGUUUUUUCACGACUCGUCCCAUUUUUGGCCUACUCGUAUGAAAUUACACCUCAGUAGUAAACUACUCAGCUGCACUAGUAACAUUAAUGGGCCCAAUUAGUAGGCAUGUGUCACGCACUAGUCGCCUCCUUAUCAAGGAUUCUAUUCAAUGUUCAAAUGGUUUUAUGGAAAGUCAAUUGAGGCAAUAAAAAAAGUAUUUUCUUUGCCACACUUUUUUUUUAAUGGCGCGUGUUUAUGUAAAGCCGUUUGAGUAUUUCAUCGAUAUUGGAUUAAGGUCCACGUACUAGUAGACACCUUGUCCUCACUCAUGUGCAGGACAAGUUUGGCAUACUAGCAGGACAACUUCAUGUUACUAGUAAAGCAAAACUGUGAUCUAGCUGACAUCUGCAUGCAACUAGUACUACCAGUGAAGUGCUUGAUAUUAACUUGGAGAAUGUUAUAAUGCCACUAGUAGUACUAGUACGAGCAAGCAGUUGUCAACUAGUACUAGUAGCUAACUGGCCAGAAAUGCUAUCUAAUCCAAACAGUUUGAGCAUUUAUUUGAUAUCCUACUGGUGCACUUGUUGUUGUCUUACUAGUGAGGACAACGAGCGUACGUACGAGUGCACGGACCCGCGUGAGCCGCAUUCCAAAGAUUUGGAAUAAAUGUUGACAUCGCUUGCAUCCACAAAUGCGCCACGAACCAACUGUUGAUUGAAAGGAACCGCUUUUGUUUCUUAAUUGCUGGCGAGGGCCAAUGAAAUGUGAACUUUUCCACAUUGUAUCACGUCACAGCGUAGCGGCGCGCUUGUCGGCAGCGCGGCUAGCCGGGCUAACGCUAAUCCUCAAAUUGGAACAGCGCACACCUCAUCUGCGUCGAAAAGCCGGAACGACGCGUUCGCUUAUGUGUCCACUUUGAACGGGACGCCACGCAGGAAAAAAUGCACUUAAGGAAAUCGGGGUCAGAAAGCGGGACUUCGAGUAUUUUGGAUGUUUAUAUUCAGAAAUGUGAACGUUGCUGCACGCGGGGCAUUAUUGUUUCAGUGAGGGCUUGCGUAAGGAUUGCAAAUUGCAGCAAAACGUCGCAUUUCUUCUAUCAAGCUGACACAGAAUCUCUCUGAUAUGAUAUCCGUCUCGGGGGAGGCCGGUUGUGUUGCAAAGCCAACGCUCGAAUCUUGACACACGUCACUGUCAGCAUUCUUGGCGAGCGACUGGACGCGAAUCAUUUGCUUUCGAUAUUUCAAUGUAUGCAGACAGAAUGCCAAUCAAAUUUCCAUUAUUCAGCGACCCCUUCUUUACGGCCUCCGGAGACCAAAGCAAAACUUGUUUGUGUCCAUGUCUCCAUGCAGUGUGCACUUUAUAGGUAAGAUUCAAAACAGCCUUUCCAAAGUUAGACAUUUAACCACAUAUAAACUAAACAGGCAAAUCUAGUGGCUCAACAGAUCAGCUUUUCCCUGUUUUUGCUUGUCAAGGUUUUGCAAAUAUAAGUUGUAAUAUAUAUUAUAUUCAUAUAUAUUUUAUAAUUAAUUGUUAGACUGAAAGGGCAAUUACAGGUUUUUAUUAAGCACGAUUUUGAUACUCAAUAAUGACAAAUAUAUACACAUUUCUGCAAUGUGUCUGCCAUUCAUGAACCUUAUCGCCUUUUAAUCUAUGUUGGUAAUUCAAAGGGAAUGUGUUAAACUGUGAACAUAACUGUACAGGUCUUGUCUGCAAUUUUGCAUUUAUUUUAAAACAAUAUUCCUACCACUUAAUAAACUUAUUGAUACUA